AUGAACUCCAUUCGUGUCGCCCGGAGCGCUCUCAGAGCUCGCCCAACUGCUUUCAAGGCGGCGAAGCAGCCCCUCCUGCGCAGGACCUACGCCGAUGUCGCGCCCGACAAGAUCCAGUUGACUCUGGCUCUGCCGCACCAGGUACGCAUUAUGUCGAAGCAGAAGGGAAAGAAGAGCAGAGAAUGGAACAAGCGACGGGUUGUUGGCAUUUGACGAGAGGCUAAUGAUCGUGCAGGCUAUCUACAAGUCGCAAGAUGUGUACGUCCCCAAUCCUCUUACCGAGAGGCCGAUGAGAAUGCGAAACACGACAGAAAGAGGGAGUCCGAAUACUAAUGGACAAUGAACAGCGUCCAGGUCAACAUUCCCGCCGAAUCUGGAGAGAUGGGUGUGCUCGCAAGCCACGUGCCAUCUAUCGAGCAGCUGAAGCCCGGCCUUGUUGAGGUUAUUGAAGAGAGCGGGGGAAGCAAGCAGUUCUUCUGUACGUCACAUCAAAGCAUCCCUGGAAGCAAUCGAAUGGAGUGGCUCUGCGGAUGGGUCGGUCGGGGAAGAUGAGGAAGCGCUAACAUGGUAUCUCAGUGUCGGGAGGCUUCGCUACUGUGCAGCCCAACUCCGUCCUCAGCAUCAACGCGGUCGAGGGAUACCCGCUUGAGGACUUCAGCGCAGACGUAAGUCCUAAAUAUUUGUCUUCAAGGUGGCGCGAUGUUGAUUCAUGUGACAGGCCGUGAGAAAUCAGAUCGCCGAGGCCCAGAAAAUCGCCAGCGGUGGUGGCAGUGAGCAGGAUGUUGCUGAGGCGAAGAUUGAGCUCGAGGUAAGACAUGUGAUAUCACACAAUCGUGGUUGAUCCCACAAGGUGUACUGACGUCGAGACAGGUCUUGGAGAGCCUUCAGGCCAACCUCAAGUAG